AGUCACAUACGCUACGAACGAAAGAUGGCGGAUAACCUUAAAGUGAAAACAUUCUAUAAAGAAAAUAUUCUAUGGUUGUAUAUUGGAGUGGGAGUAGUAGUGUGUCAAUUCUAGAUGCCGUGAUGGAUGAAGUUACGACAAAUGAUCCAGGAGGAGGUGACAGUGGUGGAACAUUAAUAUGUGCUGGUUGCCUUAAUGCGAUUGACGAAGAUGAGUUUAUACAGGCGUUGAGUCAAGAAUGGCAUAUAGAUUGUUUUCGAUGUUCCGUAUGCGAUAUUGGUCUUUCCUCUUGGUAUUUUGAGAAAGAUGGCUUACUUUUCUGUAAAGAUGAUUAUCUGGCUGCUUAUGGAGAAGCCUGUCAAGGUUGUGGCCAAAUCAUUACUGGACCGGUUAUGCUGGCUGGUGAUCACAAAUUUCAUCCAGAAUGUUUUGCCUGUAAUUCUUGUGGAGCUUUUAUUGGAGAUGGAGAAAGUUACGCGCUUGUGGAAAGAUCUAAACUUUACUGCGGAGUUUGCUACAAAAGGCAAAUGCAACCGCUUAGCAGAACAGCUAAUCAUCCAUUUGUUAGGAAACCACAUAGCAUUAGAUUGGUGGAAAUACCUCCAAGUACAACCAAUCCUGAUAAGCAAAGAGAAAUUAAACUUACGUUAGAUACAGCUCCUAAUCCUCGCAGUUGUGGUGCAUUACUUCGUAUCUCUGCGUUAAUGAGAAAUGUUCGUGGAAAGAUCAGUAAGCUGCUGGCCUCUGUGAUGGAGGUUCUGUUUAGGCUAUGCUGCCACUUCUCUAAUCAUAGAUUAAAUAUGUCCAGUGAUCUCAUGUCUUUACAUAUUGGAGAUCGAAUAUUGGAAGUAAAUGGUACACCUGUAAAAGAUCAGCCAGUAGAAAGUAUAGAAAAUCUCAUACAGUAUUCUGACACAGUUUUACAGUUGACCAUCGAACACGAUCCUGAUGCAAUGUCACGUCGUUUAACGUUUCCUACACCACCGCCAGCAUUACUGACAACCGCAAGUCCAAGAACGAGUCCAGAAAAUAAAGAAAGGCUUUUUAAACGUCGUGACGAGGGUUAUAUCAGUGGAACACGAAGUAGACAAUUGAGAAGAACGAGAGAUCCUAUGCACAAAGAACGUAGCAGUUCGAUGUCACGUUUAUUAGACGGAACAACUCCAACGAAUCCAACGUGCGACUUAAGUCGAACCAGAUCUUUCCGUGUAGAGCCAAAAAAUCAAAGAAUAUUUCGAGCGAGCGAUUUGGUGAAAGGUGAACUUUUGGGAAAGGGAUUCUUUGGUCAAGUUUUCAAGGUCACUCAUAGAGACACGAACGAAGUUAUGGUGCUGAAAGAAUUGUACAGGGUAGACGAAGAUGCUCAAAAGAAUUUUUUAAAAGAAGUCGCCGUAUUACGUUCGUUACAUCACAACAAUGUUCUACGUUUCAUCGGUGUUCUUUACAAGGACAAAAAAUUACAUUUAGUUACCGAGUACAUAUCGGGUGGUACAUUGAGAGCUCUUCUUCACGAUACCAACGAACCAUUGCCAUGGGAGCAACGAACGUCUUUUGCAAAAGAUAUUGCUGCUGGUAUGGCAUAUUUACAUUCCAUGAAUAUAAUACAUCGUGACUUAAAUUCUCACAAUUGUUUGGUACGGGAAGACAAGACCGUCGUUGUGGCAGAUUUUGGCUUAGCCAGGAUCAUACAAAACGGGAAUUCCCCGGAUAAUCGUAAAUACAAUAGACAUUCCGAUGGAGAAGCAAAGACGUCGAAGAAAGAACGUAAAAAGAGAUAUACAGUCGUUGGAAAUCCAUAUUGGAUGGCACCUGAAAUGAUGAAGGGUAACAAGUACGACGAAAAAGUAGAUAUAUUCAGUUUUGGAAUAGUCGUUUGUGAGAUAAUAGGACGAGUACAAGCCGAUCCGGAUUAUCUACCAAGAUCUUCGGACUUUGGAUUGAAUCAGAAUGCAUUUAAAGAAAAAUUUUGUGCUAAUUGUCCGGAAACGUUUUAUAUGAUCGCCUUUCUCUGUUGCGAUUUAAAUCCAGACAAAAGACCACCCUUCGAGCUUAUGGAAAUUUGGUUGGAAGGAUUAGCGAUGCAUUUGUCCGUAGGAGCACAUUUACCACCUGACUUAGACUUUGACAUCAGACAUUACACGGGACCUAGUCCGAGCAGUAGCGAAUCAACAACUCCAGAAACUUUAGUUCCACAAUUGAAGCCUAUUAAAGAAGGUCAGGUGCAUCAGGAAAAGAAACGAUCAAGCGGUUGCGACGAUAGUACAUUGGAAAGAGAAUUCGAAUGCGUAGAAAAAGAAUUACCUCGUAGUUCCGAGUUGAUAAACAUUCGAGGAAGAUAUACCAGACAGAAUAGUAAACCAAACGAAAGUGCAGCGUGUUCGAAUCGGUACGGAAGGCAAAAUUCGAAAUGUAAAGAAGCAGUGGAAAGAGAGAAGCCGGAUAUCGUCAUAUCGCACGAUUGCACCGACUAUAAUCGAUAUUUACGUCAGAGUAGUAAACAAAAGGAUGUGGUAAAAGUCGACGAGACCGAAUAUCUGAAUCUGAAUCGAGUACCAACUCUUGAGAAAAUAAGAUACGUAGGAAAUUCAAAUCCCUGCAGCUUCACGUCGGACGGUCCGUCUGAAUUCUGUAAGGUCGACAACAAAUGUUCGUACAAAUUAAACAACAACAACAACAACAACAACAACAACAACAACAAUAACAACAACAAUAACAAUAACGUGCAUACCAAAAGCAUGAGCGGUGAGUCCAGCGAAUCGAGCUUAGGUACGCCAUCGAGUAACAAAACUAAACAGGAUGGAAAAUUCAAGAUACCCGACGCGGGGAAUAUCGUUGGCUCGUAUCUAAGACAAAUAGGAAAGACGAUAGGCACGACCGACAAGGAAAAUAAAUCUUCUAACAGUCAAAACGGUGUUAGCUCUGGUUUCACCGAUUACAAAAAGACAACGGUACCGGGAGAAACGAUCAAGUCAUCAGGUAGUUCUUAUUUGAGAAGGACGAGGAUAUCACCGACUAAGGAGACAACGAAGAAUGCGUUUCAAGCAAAGGAUAACGUUUCCACCGAUGUUGUCGUCAAGCCGAUUGAAUCAACGACAUCAGUGUCAAGUGCCAAAGAGUUGGUUCCGAGUCAUAAUACAUCAGAUAACGGUUUACCUAGACAAGCUAGUGUACUUUCUGAUGUUGGUAGUAUAUUAUCUAGACAAGGAAGUCUCACGGUAUAUGGUAGUUCGUCUAAAAUCAAGGAAAACAAUCUACCUUAUCUUCGAAGUACGUCGACGGGCGAUGAAAAACAUUUGGAGUCUAAGAUUAACACGGAAAGAUGUACAACGACCUAUCAAAACCGUGAACUACGUGAUCUUUCAUUUGAUCCUACUAGAACGGAUGAGAGACAACGUUACAUAAUAUCUCAUCGUUUAGAAAAUACACAAGCUAUGUUGGACGAUCCUAAAACUUCUGUCAUCAACUCGAAGUGUCUUUACGAUAGCGGAUUCAAAUUAUCAGCGAAUGCUUUGGCCGAGUAUGCCGAGUGUUACAAAAAUUUAGAUCUCUGCAGGCAGGAUAGUUUUGGUAGCGAUAGUGCAGUUGGUACUAUGAAGAGCGAUUUUUUUGCUGAUUUAGGUUUCGUCAAAUUGAAGGAUGGUAGAUUGACACCGGACAUCAGUCACACUCCUGAAAGGUGCUGUACACCUAACAGACCGACAUCUCCUAUAGAAAGUACUGCUUUGUAAAAAAGAAAAAAAAAAAAAAAUGUAAAAAGAAAAAGAAAGAAGAACAGCCAUCGAACUCGUUUAAUGUAAUUUAGAAAAAGUCCGAAGGGUGUAUGAUAUUUUAUCGAAGGAUAACUCAUAUUAAUUCACUAAUUCUGAUCUCGUUAAUGUUAAAUAAUUUCCAAAUCUUUACCUUUCUAUUUUAUCGUUUUCUUUAAUUUUUUUUUUUUUUUUAUCUCUAAUGAUUGAUUAUCUUUUCCGUCUCUGUUCUCUUUGUAAUCUUCGCAGAAUAUCCGUAGUACGUGGCUUUGCGUAGAAACGAAUCUUUAAUAUUGUUACUAUUUGAUAUAUAUAUAUAUAUAGACAGUAUUAAUGAAUCUCAUUUUUGCUACAAAUUUUUUAUCGAAACGAACGAAAAAUAGGUGUGUAUGUUACUUACAUAUGUUACGUGCACUUGCUGUGGUAACGAGGUUACGUAUUUUUUUUUCAUCGACUACAUCUCGUCGGAAAGAAAAGAAAUACAAAGAAAGAAAAAAAAAAAAAAGAAAGAAAGAGAAACAAGAAGGGAAGUAAAAAGUAAUUAUAACAGCAAUUGCAUUCCUACGAUUUUUCUUGCCAUUUAUAUUAUUCUUUUUUCUUUUUUCUUUUUUCUUUUUUUUCGUCCAACGUCGUGUAAUUCCGAAUACGAGUACAAAUAAUAUUGGGAUUUCUUUUUAAAUAAUAAUUAUGAUAAUUAAUCGCAUUAGUUUAUGUCUAAUUAGACAGCAUUUACAGACGAUUGAUUUCUUUAUUUUUUUUUUUCCACCAUUAAGUUAAUGAUAAUUCGACUGAUCGGAAUUUUCUUUUUGAGAAAAUGACGGUGCAAUGAUUAAUCAAUUGCACCAUCGCAUCCCCAACGAAGAUGCAUCGAGAAGACUAAUAUACAUACAUAUAUAUAAAUAUAUAUAAAUAUCUAACGUAUAACCAUUCCAUCCAAGAUGAUCCUUGAAAAGGUGUAAAAAGUUUUUUUAACAAUCUAAUCGUAUCAAAAACUUGUGGUCUUUGAGAUAAAAAGAAGAAAAAUAAAAAAACCAAAAAAAAGAAAAGAAAA